UCACUGAUGUCAGUGUCACAUAAAAUGAGUUGUAAGCAUUGAUAUUAAUGAAUGUGAAUCUAAAAUCUAAAUUAGAUAGGAAUAAAAAUAAUAUUUUAAAGCAGUAUAUGCCACAUAUGUUAAACAAAAAAUGAUAGAAUCAUGCCCAAAGAAACGUAUGUUAUUGGGAAUCACGGUAUUAGGAAUUUUAACAAUAUUAGUACUAUUUAUUGAGUCACACUGGACAGAGUCGACACGAAGAGACAAAAAGUCAAAUUUCAUUGUUGAGCAGAAUUCAACCUGUUGGGAGGCUGGUAAUUUUGAAGUGAUCAAGGAAUGUGAACCAUGUACAGCCUUUGAAAUUCGUAGCAAAACUAUUGGUGUUUGCAUUCAUAGCCAUUACAAAGAAGUUCUCAAAUGUGCUAAUGGUGAGACUGUAACCAGAAGUUGUGAUAAAGCUGUUUAUUAUGAUGAGCUAUCGUUUUGGAGGUUUGAAGGAUUUAUGUUUGCCAUAGGAUUAAUUUCUACUGUUUGUGUGAUAUCAAGAAGAAGAGUACUAAACAAAAGGAUUUUACAACGAGUUCAACGACAACUUGCUAAUUGUGUUUAAAAAGAUGACGCAUGCGACUCUGUACAUAAGUGCUUACUUGGAUUCAUCUGAUUCUUUCUGGAUAGAUAUUGAGUCUCUAAUAGUAUUAUUUGUCUACAAAAUAGCAAAAACUGAUGAAGUUAAACUUAUCAUUAAAUCAUUAUUAGGUAAACCCGCAGAACCUCUUAUUAAAGUUUCUUCUGAAGGGCUAAAUUUUAAUACCAACAAAACGAUACCUGACAUCGCAAAGUUUGUGGUGUGGCCAGCAAUUGUAUCCGCAAAUCAAGUAACUGCUGGCGUAUGUUCC